AUGGACGUACAUGAUGGAAGCAUAAGGAACUUACUUAAUGCUAACAAUAACUUACCAGGAACUAUUAAAGCAUUUAUAAAGUCCUUUGUAAAACCCGGUGCUCUAACAUUUAGGUCUUUGAGAGCAAGAGCAUUGAAGUCAAGAGAUGCAGAAACUCCAGAAGAACCACCAAAACCAACAGCUAAUGAAAUAUUGUUCGAAUAUUUUCCAAGGUACUCUGUUCUCAUUGCAUACAUUCAAGAAAUACUUAAGAAAGCAGACUUGACUUUAGGAGAUGAUGAAAGUUCUGUAUAUCUUUCGUUCCAGUUUCAAAUAGCAGAACUUUUGAGACAGAUAUGCUUAAUGUAUGACAACAUCUCUGAUUUCACAAGAUAUGAUGACGACCAUGACCCCGAACACGGUGAAGAAGAAGUUUUACAAACAUCCAUUAAGACAGGAAAGGUUUUAACUCAAAGUCUCAUUAUUGACACCAAAGAUGGCGAAGUGGACGUUCUUCAAGAGCUGAAGAAAAAUACUUCUUCGGGAGGUGGUGGUAGGCAUGAACUUGAAAUAAAUGAGAUAGAAGAGAAAUUAGCCGAAAAAGCAGAUAAAGAACAUAAACACAAUAUCUCCGAUAUAAAUGAACUUCAAGCUACAUUAAAUAGUAAAGCAGAUAAAAACCAUGUUCAUUAUAUAACUUCAGAUGAACAGAUUAUAACGGACUACCAUGGAUAUUUAACACAGGAUGAAAAAGUGAAGACGGAAGAUGUUAAUGAAAGAAGAUAUAAAUACAUUCGUGCUAAAGGUUAUGACAUAAGCUGUACUGUACAUUAUGACACAGGUAAAGCGCUAGAAGCAUUUAGUUAUAACGAUGAAAUUUAUGCCUCUACUUUCAAUGUUAACGGUGUAUUAGUUGAACCAAGAUUUACUUUGAGAGUUAAGGCAAAAAUAACUUUUGAAGAUGCUAUUAAAAGUAAAGCCGACAAAGAUGAACUUGACGCAACG